UCUAUCUAAAUUAUCUAUUGAUAAAUAAAUAAGGUAUUUAAAUGGUACUAGUAGAACUAUCGUCGAACGUAAUUAAAGUAUAUUAUCACACAUAUUGUUAAGUAGCUAUCGAGGAUUUUUAGUUCCCGUAUUUGUAUACAGUCAAAGGUUUUCCUUGAUCUUCGCAACCUUAGUCCAGUCGUUUCGAGCAGUAACAAUGGGUCUGACGCUUUUUGCUUCUCAACCUAAAGACACUGACACGAUCAUCACGUUUUCUCGGCGAUGUUUCAUUCAUCAGUCAAAUGAAUCAUCCCCUGACACGUUACGAAAGGUGAUCAAUCUUAGACUUUGCGCUGCUCCGGUGUUCUACGUCGAUCGUUGGGAUAUUAUUCUGAUACAUCACGCGAGCCCAUCGAGCCUCGGUGAUUCACAUUCCGCGAUAGUUGCUGAUCACCCACGUUCGGCACUCGGCAUUCUUCUCGCCGAGUUUCCCCGUUGAACGAGGAAAAUUACGACGAAUCGAGCACUCACGGUUCGGCUGGCAGUUUUCGGUGUGGCGGCCACCGUUUUAUUUAUAGCGGAGGAGGUCGUGAUGCGUUCCAAAAGCCUCUCGUCGCACCAGUAACGCACGCACUGGCAUACCGAGCCCGUCUCGAACCAGUUUCCACCGAUCAUCUUCUUGUUCGUGGUGCUUAGACAUCUAAACGCGACAUCAGCUUCGCGUGACGAUCGUCGAUCGAUCCUCGACCGACCUCCGAACGAUCCCUUCGACGACUCGGAUCGUCUCGUUCUCAGUGCGCACGUGUCAUCGUCGCGUUACGAUUCGGGACCAAGUGUUGAGAAGUGGUUAAAAACUUGACGCUACGCGGUGUUGCUUUUGGAAAUUAUCGCACGACGCGUAGGAAAACGAUUCGCGAAACGUGGAGGUAGAUCGCAGAGCUUGGGAUGCAUCGAGGCGGAGAAGUCUUUCUCACACACCCAAGAACAUCAUCCAACCGUGACACGACGAUUUUUAUGAAAUUUUUCGGAUAGAUGUGUAUUGUAUUUGACUGCCACUGAAAUUCGAGGCAGGACUUAUCUUGAAGUAUAAGUCGUUAACGUCUAUAGCGAGUCGAAGAAAUCUGGCUCGAUGCAUCGCCCAUGAUUUGCCGAGAAAUAAGAGUUGCAGAGUGUGAUUUAAAGUGAGAACGAACUGACAGUCUGCCCCCGUGAUAAAUGCGGUUUCGAACCUGGACUCGACGUACCUCGUGCCGGAAGUCGAUGGACUCGCGAAGCUGACGAUUGCUGAUCCACGUAGGCGAUCGAGUGAACGGAGUUUAUUCGGUCGAUUGUUCGCUCGUCGCUAGUUUUGGCGCGUUAAGACGCGAUUCGCUCGGGUUCCGCGUCCUCUUUCCGAGAGCUUGCAAACUGUCACGUCCAGGGAUAAUGGCGCAUCUUCGGCGGCCGGCCAGGCGGGAGCAUUACAAGCCAUUCGGCAGGAGGAAGGGCUCGGCAGACUCGAACUACUCGCAGCCGAGCUCAGAUCUCUCGCUGGACGAGGAGAAAGAGAGCUUACGUCGCGAGAAGGAGAGGCAGGCCCUCAAUCAACUUGAAAAAGCCAGGACGAAACCGGUAGCGUUCGCAGUGCGGACCAACGUGAGUUACGAUGGAUCCGUCGACGACGAUUCGCCAGUUCAUGGCUCGGCGGUCAGCUUCGAGGUCCGCGACUUUCUGCACAUCAAGGAGAAGUACGACAACAACUGGUGGAUAGGUAGGCUGGUGAAAGAGAACUCGGACGUUGGCUUCAUCCCAUCCCCGGAGAAGUUGGAAGCCCUGAGGCAGCAGGCGAGCGCUGCACGUGGCACAAAGGGUCUCUAUUCGGCGCGCGGAGGGUCUUCAGGGAACCUUGGCGAGAGUGGUAUGCCCUCACGUGGUUCCACACCACCUACACCAGGUGACGACAGCGACAGCGUCGGGAAUGUGCGUGGCGGCAAAGCGACCUUGACGACACCACCAGCCAAGGAUAAACGGAAGAACUUCUUCAAGAAGCCGGAAACGACAACACCGUAUGACGUCGUACCAUCCAUGAGGCCUGUCGUCUUGGUGGGUCCAUCGCUGAAGGGUUACCAGGUCACAGAUAUGAUGCAGAAGGCGUUGUUCGAUUUCUUAAAGCAUCGAUUCGCGGGCAGAAUAAUCAUCACCAGGGUAAUGGCAGACAUUUCGUUGGCGAAGACAUCUGUGUUGAACAAUCCAACGAAAAGAGCCCUCAUGGAACGAUCGACCAGCAGGAGCAGCUCUCUGGCGGAGGUUCAGGCAGAGAUCGAAAGGAUUUUCGAGCUUGCCAGGACUCUGCAGUUGGUGGUGCUCGACUGCGACACUAUAAAUCAUCCGUCGCAGCUAGCGAAAACCAGCCUAGCGCCCACGAUCGUCUACCUGAAGAUCUCGUCGCCGAAAGUGCUCCAAAGGUUGAUCAAAACGCGGGGAAAGUCACAGAUCAAACACCUGAACGUACAAAUGGUGGCAGCUGAGAAGCUGGCGCAGUGUCCGCCGGAAAUGUUCGAUGUGAUCCUGGACGAAAAUCAACUGGAAGAGGCUUGCGAGCACGUCGCCGAGUACCUGGAAGCUUAUUGGAGGGCCACGCAUCCUCCGGUGAUCGCUACGGUGCCACGUCCCAUUCCUGCGCCUGACGCACCUGUGGACGCGUUGACGCCGCGCGUCACAUCAGGUGCCCAUCAUGAGAGUUACUACGGCCACGAGCCAAGAGGAUCGGGCUCGUACAGCGGUGGCCACGUGAGCGAAGGAACGAGAAGAUCGAGACUCGAGCGGAUGGAUCGUGAUCGAGGCGAUCGCGGUGAACACGACUACGGCACCGAGGAGGAAUCGUACGUCGGUGGCGUCGAUUAUGGCAACGCAUCGAGGCGUCGCCAGCAGCAAGACCCGCGUGCAUUGAACGCCAUUUAGGAGCUGGGGCCCCGGGGCCUGUCGCUACAGCGCUGUCCCCACCUGCGCACCACUGCUCUUUAGUGGGGUCGCCUCCUGGUACGCUACUGAACGUACGAAGUGCUUAUGCUACCUUAGCGAGAUGUCGCUCUGGUCUCUGGUCUGUUAGUGGGGUUUCUUUCCUGUCGCUACCCGUAAGAAGAUUGAAUGGAUCACAUUACACUACCCCUGCGCAAGCUGUUACGCUAGAUAUCGCAAACACGAUAGCGAAUACGCUACCGAAGAUCCAGACAAUUUUGGUUCAUUCAUUUUCAUGGUAGGUAGCGAAUGCGCUACCGUACGCCAUCAGAAGUUCUAUAGAAUCUUGCUUUCUUUCUUCAACUUUUUAUCGUCAGUAGCGAUUACGCUGCUGUACGUUUCCAGAAAUUUUACAGAAUUUUGUUUCUUUUUGUCGUUAGUAGCGAAUACGCUUGCGUUAAGCUACCUACAAUUCGACAAAAAUUUGGUUCUUUCUCUUCUUUUCGUGAUUGGUAGCGAAUACGCUACCGCACAGUCCUAACGAAGGUUGUACGGAAUUUUAUUUUUUUUUGUCUUAGCAACGAAUAAUGCCAGCGUACGCUAUCAACAUUUUCACAAAGUUUAAAUUCUUGUCCUACGAUAGGUUACGGUAGCGUACUCGAUAUCGAUAUCGAUUUGUUUGAUCUGUCGAAUGGCAGCGAAUACGCUAUCGUACGCUAUCGAAGAUUUUACAGAAUUUUCUUUCAUUUUCUUUUUGUCGCAGGUGUUGGGUCGUGUGCAGUUGUUAUCGUAAACUGUGCUGCAUUUUACGCCAGUGGUUUCGAUAGUCAUUGAAAGCGUGCACGCUAAUCUAUUUGAUGUAAAGUUUCCGAAUGUAGUUUCAUAGUUGGGAUAGCCGUUUGUUAUUCGAAGUUUACGAACGGUUUUUCGGUAGGAUUCGUCGAAUCUGAUUUGUUUAUUUGUUACGAGAUAUUUUUGGAAAAAUGUGAAAUAAAAGUAAUCCUUUUUCUUUGUAUUUUUGGCUGUGUUGAAAUUCGAAAAGACCGUGGUCAAGUUAAUAAUAACGAUUUUCGCAUUUUUCUUCUCGUAAAUUUUAUUAUUUGUUUGUACAUUACGAAGCUAGUAGUAACAAAGAUGGAUAGACACUACUCGUAACAUAAUCGCGUCUUGCACGUGCGUGCACGCUAAGUACGCUACCCAUCAGACAUUAUUCAGUACGUAUUUAAUUUUCGAUUACGAUGUACGAGCUUUAAGGAAAGUAAGAGUAGCAAAUUAGUGAUUCCCUUUAAAUAGCGUCGAUAUUUUUCCAAAGUAACGAGAAUCAUCGUACCACCUAACGAUUCGUAGAUCUAUUCUAUUUUCGUAUCGUUUGGAUUAGAUCUAGUUCGUUUAGUGCGAUCGUUUUGAAUACUCGAGAUAGUAACGUAGAAUCCUUAACUUAGCAACGUUAUCGUAAUUCCAGUAAUGGCUUCCUGUCCGAUUCGUUUACAGAGUUUAAAGUAUCGAGUAUCGUCGUAACCAGAGAAACGGUAGCCACCGAGACUUUCACGAAAAUUUUUUCCAACAGGAAUUUCGCAAACGAUGGGCGGUUUGAAAAUCUGUCAUUGAAUGUCCUUGCGAAGCGGUACGCACAGGAUAAACCCCCAUUCGCGGAACCAGCUGAACGAGAUGAAUAGACACGAGAUAAUCACGUGAGAAACAAACAAAAGAAACACACUUUCGAAGGAGAGAGAGUGAAUGAGGGAGAAUUUGAGAGAGAAAAAGAGCCCUGGGGCCUUAAUUUUUGCGCUGACUCCUCCUGGGCCCCAAAUACCCACCCCCACGAGAAGCGUAAGAACCGUGUUAAUAUCUACUCCGGCGGGAGAAACUCGUGAAUUGGCAUCUGUCUUUCAGAUACGGGAUCCUUUCUCGAAAUCAGGAUAGAUCAGGCUUGUUCGAUUCGUUACCCGUCGGAGCACUUCUCUAGCAGCAGGAGCAGAGUCUUUGGGAAGGCACCGAGGGCAACGGUGCUCCACCAAUGGCCACGAAGUGGUGAGAACACCCUCGACCAUUCUCUUGGCUCUGCUCGCAAACACUCUUGCUCGCUAUUGCUCGGUCGAACAGGCCUGGGAUAUACCGUCGUUCCACGCUGAGAAAAAAACGAUGCAUCGAGAGCAACCGAAGAAAAAUAAUAAUAAUAAUAAUAAUAAUAAUAAUAACGAAACUUUGACUCGAACUCGCGUAGAAUUCUUUUCAUUCGGCCGUGAGAAUCAGCGAUAGUUUUCUUUUGCUUCGACUUAGAGAACAAGAAAGAACGAAAAAGUGAGGAGGAAGUCGCCUCUAGUCGAUAUCUUAGAGAAUCGAUCGCAUGAUAAAUUCUAGAGAAAUUUCGUAGAUAAAAUGCUGCGUCGCGGCGAGUUAUCGCGCGACCCCGUCGGAUUCCCGCAAAUUGUAAGGAAAACAAAAACUGAACGAAACGUGCGUGGCGAUGGGUUGGGAUCAUAAUUAAUUAAUUACCGCGGAUGAAUAUUUGAAAGUUUUUUCGAAUCGCAGACGAGGCGCCUGUGACGAUCACCGCGCGAGUCUGACGUGUUUAUACAUUUUAUUAGAGUCUAUUCGAGGAAAUUGGUACACGUACACACGGAGCCACCGAGCAGACGAAUAAACACACACUUACACAAUCACGGAAACAUGUUGAAUACUUUGUGUAUAUAGUAUACAUACAUAAUAAUAUACAAUAUAUAUUGUAUACGUACAUAACGCAGUGAUACUUCCACCUCUAUCACUCGACGAAACUAACUCCAAUCGAGGUAAAAAGACAAAUGAAAAAUAUUUAACAAAAAGAUACUAUUAUAGAUGAUGGAUCAAUAGGUACUGUGUAAAUAUUGUAAGAAGCCUUUCGAAACGAGUAAUUUCCGUUUUUCGAUUGUCCCGAGCGCAGCGUCGCCAGGCUGCAGCGAGGAUCACGUUUAAUCCACUAAGAAUAUUUGUAAGACCGAUGUCUCCUCCUGGUUUUUAUUACAUUGAACACUUUGCGUCCUCGAUCGAUGUGGACGCUUCUAAUGCACCGCGGAACAUGCUACGACAGUGAAAUAUUUAUCAAAUUAAUACAGAUGGACAGGAUUGCCAUUUUUUCGAUGUUCAACGGCAGGCUCUAAUUUUUCUUCUGUUCUUAUGUUAUUUUAAUGAAGCUCUCAACAACUCCCAUUUUUAAAGAUUACGUCUAUGUUCACAAUUCAAUUACAGUAAAAAGUGAAAAAAUUAUAUAGUAAACAAAAGACAUACACGCACAUAUUACACACAUAAAGUAUAAAUGAAGUUUCGUAUUAUUCUAAACAUUUCUGGAUUCCUUUGGGUUUGAUAAAAUAAUGAAAAGUUCUUUCGGAUUGGAAAUUAAAAUUGUAGUCAAUCUCGAAACACGAGAAGGUGGCAACCCUGUUGGGAACUCCAGUCGUGGCAGCCGAUUAAACACGCAGAUCGAAUCCUGAUCGCUCGCGUGGAUUGAUUUUUAGAAACGCAAGCACGCACGCAUCGUCGUUGUUUCUUAAGUAGAACGAAUUAAUCACGGGCACGCCAUUUGUCGCGAUAUAGGGUUGGCUCACUGUGCAAAGCCGACGUAGUUCAAAGACAGAGAAAAAAAGAGGGUAUGGAAAUGGAUCUUGAUUAAUUUAGAUGAUGGCGAGGUCGCUUACGCACCAUUAAAGUAGAACGAUACGAACGAAGUCUUUCUUUCUCCGCGAUUGCUGCAUAACUUUCGGCAUAAUUUUCUAUUGUUUAGAGCAAUUUUGAAAUUGCUGGCACUGGUUUUUUCUCGACCGAACAGAAAAAUCUUGGUCUUCGAUUCUUCCCUCGAAUUUUCAGCGUGAAAUUGAACGGUUUCGCUUCGUUCUAGUCGUCGUUCGACGUUGUUUACUUCGUUCUAUAAAUUUCUUCGCAAAUACUGAAAGGUAACUUUUUUCAGAAAUAGGCAAAACUUAUCUUACAAUUAGAGUCGAAGACGAUUCGAUUCACGCUCGACUCGUAUUAUUUGUUCGUUAGUUUGUGAUUAGAUAGGUAUACUCGUAGGGUGCUCAUAUAUUUUGUCACCUUAACCCUAGGAGGACUUCUGGGGUCUUGACUAACCCCAAACAAUACUACUUUAAAAUAACGUAAUAGAGAAACAAAUUUGAAAUUAAUUUUAUAUUCUUUCAAAAUUUUACCUCCGCUCAUCAGCUCAAUUAUUCAUGCAUAUUAUAUAAUAUAAUAUUCCUCUAUACAUUCAUUUACUAUAGCAUAUACACUAAUGUCUUUCGCAAAUAACAGUAUUUUCCUUCCACAAAUAUUACAGAUUCACUCAACUUAAACUUUAUAAAGUCAAAGUUCUAGGGUUAAAAUGACAUAGGGAACAUUUUAUUCCGUUUAGGCAAUAUUCCAAUUUCUUGAUACUUUUGUUCAUGGCAAUCGAAUGUUUUAAAAAUAGCAUUAUUCUUUUCAUGAUAAAUACUAGAAAUUCAUUUGACUAAAGUCUGAAAAAGUCGAAGCUUCAGAGGGGUCCCAGAUGACCCCAGAAGUCAAACUCGACCAAGUGGUCAUCCUGGGGUCAAAGGUUAGGAAAAUGUUAGUUCGAUGAUAGGUUCUCGACGCAUUUCGAAUUUUUCGCGCGCAAAAGCUUGGAACGAAUUUUCUUAGCGCGGCGUGCCGCUGCCGACGUCGAAGGUUUCGCUCGUAUCUUUUAGGAGAGAUUUUUGUAACAUAAAGAAAAUGAAAAGGACGAGGAAGGUAACGACGGAGGAUUGUGUCGUUCCGUGAUCAUUGAUCGUCACGAAUAGGAACGAGAUUUGGCGAUUCCUCGCGAUCGAGCAUCGCGAGGGACGACUUUAAUCGGACGCGAGGACGUCCGUGGCAGCAGAUCGCUGACUGUAAAAUCCUUUUCGCAGCCAACGUUUGUAAAUACUAGGUAAAAAUAUACUUGCAAACACGAUCACUGGUGAAGUCCACUUAAAGAUACUCACGCUUCCACUUCUUGUAUGAGCGAGUUUUCAAGUUUGCAAGUUCUCGGCGUUCGUUUGUCACGCCCGGAAGGUUCGAGUGCGAUUGGAAGAGAGUGUGCCGCCGAUUGCUACAGUUUCUUUCGAUCUUUGAUUAUUCUUGUCGGGUCGAGUGUACCCGCGCGAAGGAAACGACAUGGUCGCCAGAGAGGGGCAACAUUUUUACUCAUCGUUAUAUACAAAUUUUGAAUAACGAAUAAAAGACCAAAUGGAUAAAGUUUACGAAUAAAAUAUAAGUGAAAUUAAUCGAAUCAACUAAUGUUAUAUGCAGUUGUUUAAUACGUUGAACGCUGACCCGAAUUUGCCAUAUACUUUCCGUUUAGGCGGCGUAGAGUUCUCAACGGAUGCUUAGCUUUACAACAUGUUCUGCUACAUAAAGAGUAAACAGAAGAUAACAUGCUGAACGCGUUAUCAGUAUGUAUCGGUGAAAGGGGAAAGCACAAAAAAUUCGAAAACACUACUAUGAAUGUUAUAAUCAGACACAAAAACAUUUAGGAAGUAAAGAUACAACAAAAACUAGGAAAGUCCUGACUUGUUGUAACACAUGUGCAAGUAAACCUCAUUUCCGUUUAGAAUAUUUCAAUAAAUUGUAUCAAAGAAGCGUGUAAACAUAUCUUUUUAUAUUGUAUGAAUUAUUUAUUUUUUAAAUUUGAUACCGACGCCUCCUAAACGGAAAGUUCAGCGUCGAUCCCCAGGGAUCGCCGUGAUUUAACGUGUUAACUUUUCUUACAAAUUAUUAAGGUUAAUCGAUGGUCCGCAGUGUUGCUGAACAGAUUUAAUAAAGUUAAACAAUUUUCUUGUAUGGUUGAUUAUUUUAUUCAUUCGAUUUCCAUAGAAACAAACUAACUUCGCUACCAGCUCUAACGAUAAAAUGAAAACAACUCCUGAUAAAUUCUACAAAGAUUUCAAUUAAAAUUAUGCAAUCGAAUCAUGUUUCUCUUCGGAGGAACAGAAGCAGACCUGAGUAAAAUAUUAUUUCAAAUAGUAAAUAGUCUAUUCUAUUUUAAAUAAUGCGUGUGCAACUAUGAAAACAAAAUAGCGUAUUUGUUGCAGUAAGUUUUUAAAAUAGUAUUUAAGAAUAGUAUUCUAUUUGAAAGAUACCGAAAGAUCGUUGAACGAAGGAGUAACACGAGCGAUGAAAAUUUUGAGCGACGUACUUUGUUACAUGCGAGUUAAUCGUACUUGAACUAAAAAUAAAUUUACUUUGCCAAAUGUUAUGGUUUCUUGCGUUAUAAUAUUAUUUCUUUCCUCAACUUAUUUUUAUUGUCAAGAAAUAUUUGAUAUACAAACAUCAAAUGUUAUGUUAAGAUUCAAGUUAUCAAAAUAGAUUUUAUUUAUCAAAGUUUCGUUGCCUAUUAAAAUAUUACUUUAUUUUAGCUCUAUAUAUAGCAUCUGCUACUUACGAUACUAUUUGAAAUACUUUUCUCUUUACCCAGCUCUGAAUAGAAGCAUAUCCGACUUAAAAAGAAUAAAUGUUACAAAUAAAUCUGUACAGACAGGUUUGAUUCGUCAUCUAUUAUUGGAAUAAAAUUUUGUUCGUCUACAAGCAUAGCUUUUGAAUGAUACCUAAUUUGUCUACUUGAAGGCAAGUGCUUAGAGCAAUAGAGCUACUACAAGAUACCUUCCUUACACUUUUAAAUACAUAGAUCGAUAGAUGCAGAGUUUACAUUCGUGAUCUAUUAUUCAAACAAGAUUCUGCUCGUCUCUGACGAUCGCGAAGAUCGUUCUGAUCGUUGCGUCGUUUCCUCGCGAACAGCAACCGCGAUUAACGUCGCGGGGCAUAGGCCAAAUGAUUUUAAUCGUAGCCGUACAACUUGUUUCCUAGACGGAUUCGACGUAUUUCAAGCGAUCGAUAGGAGAAGAAAGAGCUGAUCUUAGCUAAAUCCGGCGACGGAAAUUUUUUACGAUAUUUUGUAAAAGUAUCUCGCGUUAAGCUACGAUAGACACUCACGUCACGCAUACCCGUUGUACGAGUACGCACGGGCGUGUUACACACCGUCACACGAAUACAGUACACGAUUCCACAGAACAAUUUUUCAGUCCUUGAUAUUUCCGUAGAAAACGAUCUCGUAGACUACUUAGCCGAUGAAACCGGCGAGAACUCGUUGGCUUGUAAGUACACUUCGGUUUUAGACGUUUAGCGGCUUUCGGUCCGUUCUUUCUUUCAGUGUAUCGAGUAGCGUUCGAAUUUGUAACGUCCAAUAGCGCGCUGAAUUUAAACAAACAAAUUUAAAGGAAGAACAAUCACGUGGCUUGAGUGGAAAUUGGAUCCGAAAUUCGCGAAGUCUUCGUGAAUGGGAAGAUUUGGGACAUGUUCGAUCGGUUGAGCAACUUGUUCGAACGACGUCGACGUUUGGAAAAUACAAGGACUGUUUGAGAAGUUCACUGUGUCGGAUAGAAAUAAAUUGUCUUUACUUGUUAUUUUUCAAUAUAAUCUUCUUUCGGGUUAGUCAAUCUAAACUUGGGCAAAUUUUACUUAAAACAAAAAUAGGAAACGAUAGUCUAAAAUUAACAAGUUUAUUAGGACGUAACCGAAAUAUCGAAUCAUUUAAAGCGAUUUUAAAUAUACUUCUUUUAGAUUAACGAAUUUAGGCUUGGGCAAACUUCACUCAAAUUGAAAAUAAGAAAUAAUAGUUUUACGUAAGAAGAAUAUCGUUUCGAUUUUGUAUUUCUCGCAAGUUUAUUUGAAAAUAACCGAAACGUCGAUUCAUUUGAAGCGAUAGCUGUUUCGGAUAGUGUUUGAAAUAAGCUUUCGUAUAGCAGUGUUAUCGUUUGCACAACGAGUAAAUAUUUAUUCGUCUAUCUAAAAAUUAAUUCGUCAUAAUCAUAAUCAUUUUCUUAACGAACAGAAUGGAAGAAAAAUUGAAAGUGCUGUGAAUCAGUAACGUCAGAACGGAAGACGCGUUCGCGUGGAUGCGAGGCUAAAUCGCUGAAACUCGAAUCGAGAACACGAUCAAAUUAUCCGAAGACGAAACGAGAAUCCAUGGCAGAGAUGGGCAAAAUUCUUAUCUAGAUACAAAUUUCGAAUAACGAAUGAAGGGUGAACAUUUUAUUCGUCACUGGUUAAGUAAAUUUAAUAUUCGAGUAAUGAAAUGUGAUAUCUCACAAUGGAGGCACGGAGGGAUUGAGGAUCGUAAUAGUAUAAGUAAGAAUAAAUUAAAAAUUGAUCUAGGCCAUGAUUUCACACACAAGAAUAAGAAAGUUAUCCAGAAAUCAUGGUGUAGCUCAACUUUGUAUUUUUACUUUUGCUUACACUGUUACGAUUCUCAGCUCUUUAAGUAAAUAUUUGAUUGUUCAUUCGAAUAAACGCCGAGAACAAUUUGUUAUGUGUUUCAUUCGAUAUCUGUUAUUCGAAUAAAGUUAGAUAUAUAUGAAUAUUUGAAUGAAACUGAAUAGUAGAUGAAUAUACGAAUAAAAUCGAAUAGUUAACGAAUAUUCUACUAAAACCUAAUAAUAGAUGUCAAGAAUAAGUGGCUAUGCGUUUUAUUCGUCAUCUACAGAUCGAAUAAAAUUUCGCCCAUCUUUGAUCCACACGAAGCUGAAAGAAUGGAGACAAGAGGGAAAGUCGGAAGCGAGGGUGAACCUUUAAGGGCGUUCGAAUAAGAGCGCGUGUUAUUAAUUGUACAGGGGGCGCGAAUUUGAUGUUAAAUUAACUUGGGAGUUGAUUCGUCGGCAUGCACCGUGUGCACGUGAGAACGUUGUCGAUUGGCUGCUUGCGGCGUCGCAGCGUGCGGUUCCGGUGCGAUCGAUCCGACGCCAGAGAUGGGCAAUGGACUCUCUAGAUGAAAAUUUCAAAUAACGAAUACGAAAUAAACAGCAUUUUAUCCGUCACUCGUUAAAUAAAAAUUGGAAUUCAAAUCACAGAAUCAAAUUGUAUUCGACGCGUUAACGAGUAAAGUAUUUGUUCAAACGACAGAGUUCCAAAUAUUCAAGUCGCAUAAAUGGCGCACCGGAAGAUAUCAUUACACGUUUUUUUUUUUAUUCGUCUUUUAUGGACUCUAUUAGGAUAUUUCAUGCAUUUAUGGCGAGUACGAAUAUGAAAAGUAGAUGCAAAACGUGUGUAGAAUAUACGCACUUAUGAAAAAUAAAAUGUUAGUAUUGAUAUAUUAAUUUAUGGAACAGGUGUAUAGAUAUAUUUUUUACAGUCGUUGAUCAAAUGAUUAGAGCCACAAGAACAAAUAAAGAUGAUACUGGUUUAAGGAUGAAAUGCCUUGUUAGAUAAAAUAUCUCUAAUAUUCUUAAGUUGAUUAUAUAUACCUAACAAUUAUUCACUACUAUACGUUAGACGGAUAUUUUUCAUUGUUUCUUAAGUUUUUAAAAAAUAUGUUUUAUCUUCGGAUGCCACUAAUAAUUUUAUCAACGACUGUGCAUGUUUUCCAUGUUUGUACACGCUAUAAAUGCAAAAAAUUCACAGGUCGGUCGUAUAAUAUUGGGAUCAAAUUUUGCCCAUCUCUGUCCGACGCCCUCCUUUGAGCAUAACCCCGUAUGGUUGAAAGGUCCAAAACGAGAACGAAGCAUCGGCGAACGGAAAUCGUCGGUUCGCGAGUCGUUCAUUCGAAAAUAGAACGUCGAUGCGGACCGUCUCUGUACGCUUAGAAGAUAUCGCGAAACGCCUGUCCUUGUAUCGAGCCUUAAGGCUUUCGCAAUAAUAUUGUUGGCCGCGGUAUAAUGUGGUAUCAAAGGUAUAGGUGUAUAGGGAAGAGUGGAGUCACGCGACGCCAGAAUUGCGCGGAUGCCACUGUUUGUUUGAUCCUGAUUCGCUACGUCUCAUUCGUAGAUCUAGACCAGGGAUGGUUCAAAUGGAUUUAAAAAAUGAUUCAAGCUACGAAUACCUUAUCCGUUUAGAUUCUAUUUCGAAUCAACUUUUUAACUUCUUAAAAAGAAAGUAAUAAUAUUGUUUGAGUAAUAAUAUUGUUCUAGACGCUCAAAGCAAAGAAAACACCAAGUACGUCAAGUAUUUGUGUACAAUUCUGUAAGAUGAUUCACAUCUUACUCUUUUAAUACCGCAAGAUAUUAUAUGAUAGGAUGUUUAUCACUUGCUCUAAGCCAAAUUGUUGGUUAGUUUAUCAUAAAUAUUGGACAGAAGAUUCAAUUAAUUUGUACUUCAUAUAGUUUUUAAUAUUCCUACAUUAAUUCAUGAUUGCGAACUAUCAGUGAGUGCAACAAAAUCACAAAUCUUUUUUAAACUGUCCUGUGAGUAGGAUAAAAACAGCUGUUCUAAAAUAGUUCCCUGGCCUGGACGCGAGGAGAUAUACUUUCUUGUUCAAAUCACAGUAACAAGUAGUGAUAGUCAUAGUACGAGGGCAACUGUUAAAAGUAAAAAAAAUAUGUUACAUAUUGAAAGCACUAUUAGAAUAAAAUUUGUACCAUCUUUGUCCAAAUUAACGAUUUAUGAAGAAUCGGACCCGAUUAUCUCUGAAAUAUUAGAAAAUACCGAUUCAUGAUUACAGAUUAUAUAUGUAGUUUAUAAUUGUUGAUUAAUCUGACAAUUGUGAGCGAUUAUCGCCGAAGUCAUCGCAAAAAAUUACUGCCCAACUCUGACGCCGCGUCCUCAUCAAUUUUCUUUUGCGGCUGGUUCGGUGGAUCAAAAUGUUUCCGCCUGUGUAUAUUGUCUAUUGCCAGGGAUCGGCAAAAUUCUUCUAAAUAAAAAUUUCGUGUAACGAAUAAAAGAUAAACAACUAUUUAUCCGUUACUCGCUAAAUAAAAAUUAAAAUUAAAAAGUGACAUAUUUCGCAAAUAAAAGUUCCGCCGUUCGAUGGAAUAAACGUCACGAUUAUAUUGUCAAACGUCUUAUUCGUUACCUUUUGUUCGAAUAAAAUUUUGCCCAUCUCUGUCUAUUAUUCCCUCGUAUGAUUGGCCUCGAUCGUGGAAAAAGUAGGAAAAGAAUGGAAGAGGACACGAGCCAAGAAGAAGAUCCGCGAUCGAGGGGCUGUCUCGAGCGAAUUUUAUUUCAUUGUCGUUGCACUUCAGGAGACUCGACUGAGCUUGUGCGAGUGAAAAACAGAGAGUAUGAGAAAAUGUUGAGAAAAUAGAACGUCACGGGAAAGUUGCGUCGGUCGCAUCGCUAUUAUUCGAAUUAAACGGUUUAUCUAAUUGUAAAGAGUGCUAUGAUUGAGUGAAGAAAAAGAUACGAGUGUGAGUGUAUGUGUAUAAAAGAGAGAGAGAGAGAGAGAGAGAGAGAGAGAGAGAGAGAGAGAAAAUGUGGGAUCUAUGCUAGCGAACAAGGGAAACAGAACAAGAAAUUGCGAUUCGUGGUUCAGUGUGUGCAAAAUGCGGUUAUUCGGAGAUGGAAUUGAGGCGAUUAAUUAACGAGAUGUUGUAAAUUGUUCUAUAGCAAAAAUGAAAAGUGCUACGGACGCGGCAGCGCGCCCCCUGAGAGUUCUUCGACGACCUGUGAUCCACGAUUCCAGAAGAUUCUCGUUUCCGUCGAGAAAAAUGGAUUAACUUCGAUAGGAUCGACUUUGUAUCGUCGUCGAUGACUCUCGAAGGGGCGCGAUGCUCUGAUCGUUUCAAUGUUGAUAUGUCAAUGCUGUGAUGUUAUCCUUUGAAACUUAAAAAGAAAAAAGUAUAUCCCCCCAAGAAAACCUCCAUCCCUCCCACCCUUGGACACGAACCCCCAUUCCCCUUUUUCCUGAACAAAAAAAAAAAAAUGAAAACAAGUGUCCCGCGAGACGAAACCCCCUUUCUCCUUGGAAAAUGAAUAUUUCUAUUACUGUAACACUCCGCAUAGCCCUUAAAAAAAUAGCUAGAUUCUAAUCGUAUUUAAUGUAAAGUUUAUUAUUGUUACAUCUCAGUGAUUCUCUCCUCAAUCAGUGAUCUCACGGAGAGAACGACGCGCCGUCGAGACGUUUCACGUGCGAACGCUGAAACAAAGGCUUUGGGAAGAGCGAGAAUGAUGAUUAAUCGAAACCUGAAAGUAAAGCGACCGAUAAUCGAUCAACCGUUACCGUUCGGUUCUCUCCGGUACGUCACUGGUGCCCAAAAUUCCUACAUUUGUCGCAUUUGUAAAUAAAAUUUUUAUCAUCACACGA